CAAAUAUUGAACAUAUUGAACAGUUAAAUGAAAUUUUUUCCGCGCUACUUUUAAAACGGAUGUUAACAGAAAUGAUGAUAAUCUGGAGGAAAAAAUAGAUACGAAAAUAAAUAAACAAACAAAACUAGAUUAAUAAUUUUUUAGAAAAAAAAGAAAAACAAGCGGGGGGGGGUAAAAUGUAUAUAACAUUAACUCAAAAAAUAUUGAAUUAUUUUAAUAAACUAAUUAGAAAACAAUUACGUAAUUAUCUUUUAUUGAUUUAUUCUAUUACUGCUAUUAAAUAUAUAAAACAAUAUUAUCAAUUAUUAUUAUUAUUAUAUAAUACAUUGAACUUAUGCAAUAUAGUGAUAUUGUAUAACAUAUGUGUAAUCAGUGUGUUACAAUUAAAUUGAAUUAUACAAAUUAUUUAAUUAUUCAAUUUAUUAUUCAUUAUAUAAAUGAUUAUUAUUAUUAUUAUUUAAUUAAUUAUCAAAAAUAUUAUUUAAAAUCAUCGUCAUCGUCAUCAACAUCAACAUCGUCAAGAUCAUCAUCAUCAUCAUCAUCAUUAUGGUUAUUAUGGAAAUCAAAGAAUAUUUCAAAGAAACAAUGUUAUGUAAUAAAAAAUAAUAAAUUUAUCAAGCAAAAAAAUUUUUAUUCAGCUUACAAUACUACUAAUACAAUUUAUAAUAAAUCAUUUAUAUGUUUAUGUAUUGUGAUGAUAUUUUGUGUUCAAAUGUCAAUUUCAUUGACAACAGGUAUAAAGAUAUCGGAUCAAUUUAUUGAUAGUAGUACUAGUAAUAAUAAUAAUAAUAAUGGAUAUGAAUUUAUGGAUAUUGAAUUAUUACGUCAUAUGGGUGAAGAAACAUUACGAACUGGUGGUGUAAUCACUCAAUUAUUUGAUGCAAUUGAAUUCUCUGUUGUACAUCAACGAUCUACCUCAUAUUUAAGUAUUCAAUAUUUUAUUGGUUAUAAUCGAUCAUUAUGGUUUACUGUAACACCAUGUACAAAUUUAUUAAAUCGUAUUGAAUUUGUUGGAUCAUCUGCUUAUAAUGAACCAUGGGAAGAAAGUAAAGAUUAUGGUUUACAGUUAUCGAAAUCUGAUAUAUAUUCUGUAAAUUGGCCUCAACAAAAAAUUCGUGUAGAACCAUUUCCAAGUGAAACAAACUUACCAAAUUUCACUUUAAUUAAUCAAGGUGAUACUAUUCUAGGUUUAACACGUUCAAGAUUACAUUUUACACAAAUUAAAUAUAAAACAGAUAGUUUAAAUGUACGCUUAUAUGGUAAUAUUGGUGAUGCAUAUAAUGUACGUCUUAGUACACGUAGUUCACCAAAACAUGCAUUAGAUGGUUAUCCAGAAUUGGAUAAAACUUCAACUAUAUCUGUAUGUUUAGUACAAAAUACAAAUGAUACAUUAGAUAUAUCAUGGAAAGGAGUAAUGCAUAAUUCAAUGCAAAUUAAUUAUUGUGUAGUUAUUAAUGCAAAUGAAAAUCUUUAUUAUGAAUGUACAGCAAUGUCAAGAUUAAAUCAAUUUUUUAAUUAUCAUACAAAUGAAAAAUUUGAACGACCUAAAAUAUUCCAAGAUACUGAUUAUUUAAGACCAAAAUUAAUUGAGAAUUAUGUAUAUAAAUGUGGUACAAAGUCAAUGAUAAGAAUUAGACUAACAUCAACAUUAAGUCAAAUAUUAAAUGAUUUACAUAUAAAUCAUUCUUUAAAAUUAUUUAUUAAUGUUUAUGCAAUCAAUAAACGUAUGGAUAUUAGUACUGCAUAUCCGGUCAAACUAAUACAAUAUUCAAUACAAAAUUGUCAAUCAAAACGUUAUAUUAAUAAUAUUAAAAUAAUCAAUAAAUUAUAUUAUAAUCAAUUCUAUUGGAAUUCUGAUGUUUCAUUUAAAAUGGAAUUUAAUGAGAAAUUAUAUCAAUUAUAUUAUCAACCAUGUCGUUUACCUGGUAAUAAAGUUAUAAAUUAUACAAUUACUUUAUUGAAAAAAAUCAAUUUACAGAAUUCUACUAUGACAAUAUCAAAUUUACAAACACUAUGUGAAUAUCCAAUCAUCAGUCAUCGAGUAUUACGUAUGUGUUUAGAUUCUGGGAACGGAGUUUAUUACUUACAAUUAAAUGGCAAUCCUAAUUUUGAAAAUAAACAACCAGUGGGUAGAUAUUUUUUCUUGGGACCUAACACAACCAGCUUACUACCUCAGAAACCAAAAUACACAUAUUUUCCAACAGAUAUUUCAACCAUUAUUAUUAAACCAUCAAGUAAUCAAACUAUAUUUCAAAUUCCAUCACCAUUUUUACAACAACAUUUAAGACAUUAUCGUUUUACUAAUCAUCGUAUAAAACGUACUAAUUAUCAUCAAUUAUAUUUAAAUAUUAAAUUAAAAUCUAAACAAAUUAAUAAUUAUUUAAUGAAAACAAUUAAUACAAUUUCAUUAAAUAAUAAUAAUAAUAAUAAUAAUAAUAAUAAUAAUAAUAAUUUUGUAAACAUUCCAAAUUUAUUAAAACGUCAAUUCAGAAAUAUUCCAAUGAAAAAUGGUUUUCAAAUUGGUGUUGAAUGUACAUCACAUCAAGUGUAUAUAAGUUUAAAAAUUCAUGUUAAUCCACAAAAUUAUUGGAUUUAUACAUUACCAGUAUUAAAUGAUCCAAUAAAUAAUAUAAAUUUAAUGUGGGAUUAUUUAAAUAAUAAUAUGACCGAUUAUUGUGAAUUUCCAAAGCAUAUAUUAUCUAAACAAAUUAAACAAACUAUAAAACCAAUUUAUUGUCAAACAACUCAAGGAAUGCAUUCACUUGAAUUAACUAUACCAGCAUAUCAUCGUAAUGAUUAUCCAAGAUUUUAUUUAAUAUUAAUUUAUGUAUCAAAUAAUGAUGAUAUCAAUGGAAAAUAUAAACAAUUAUUUGUACGACAAUUAUUAGAUACAUGUAAUAUUAUAUCAAAUGGUUGUUAUCCUAAUGUACCAACAGAUUGUCGUCAAAAUUAUCCAAAAUAUUUACCAUAUACAUUUGAUCCAUUAAUGUCUAGUUCAGUAAUAUUAAAUUCAAAUUCAUCUAAUCAAAUACCUGUAUGUAUGAUAGAUGAAUAUUAAAUAUGAUUACCCUGAAGAAGUCCAGACAAGUUAGCUGGACGAAACGUUGAAAUUAGUUAUAUUUCAAUCGCUGAGAAUAUUUCAAAUAUAAUUUUCACAUAUAAAUAUGUCUAUUGUUUAUUUAAUAUUUAAUUAUAAUUUCAUUAAAUUUUUAUUUAAUUCUAGUCAAUCAUCUAUAGAAACAUUUAUGUAUUUGUUUAUCAUUUAUCAUUGAACAUUCAUCGCAUUUAUAAUUUUUCAGGUUUAUUUAAGAAAAAAUAAACAAAAACAAUACAAGUCAAAUAAAUGUUCACAAUGGAAUGUUUGUUGUUUUGUGAAACAAAAUUAUUUUUUACUUAUUUUAAACAAUGAUUUUUUUUCUUAUCGAAAAAGCCUUUCACAGUAAAAAAAAAGAAGAGAAAGAAAAAGGAGACAGAUUCAAUCUACAAUAUGAGACUGAGUGUAAACUACUAGUCAAAUUGUCUAUUACUAUUAUCACCACCAUUUUUUUGGGGGGGGAGGGCAACUAUAAUAAGAUGUCAUAUUUGAAUUGUAUUUACUAUUUUCAUUUAUUUCAUUUCACCCGGUGUUAUGGUAACACCAUAUACAAUAAUAAUAUCUAUCAUUUGUUCUAUUCUAUAUGAUCCUUUUGAAUCAUUUACAAAUUUUUUUUUUAAAAAUUAUAAUUCUUUGUAUAACUUUUCCUCUUUGAUUAUACAUAUUUAAUUUAAGAAAGAGAAAAAACAACAAAGACAAAUAAUGUAUUUUUCUCAUAGCAACAAAAUAUUUGUCACUGUUUUAUUUUAUUGAUGAUUCAAUUAUUAUUUUUUUAAUACAUAUAUCAUCAUAUACGCAUAUAUAUUGAUCAUUGAACAUUCAUAAAAAAAGCGGGAAAAGAUGGAUAAAGCAUAUUUCUAGAAAAUGAAAUGAAACAUUUUUUUUUAAAAAAAAGAGGAAAACAAAUAAACAAACAAAAUUCACAUAACAUCAUAGAAGAAAUCUUUUAUUUCUUUAUAUUGUAACGUUAUUUUAUUGAAACUAAAAUAAAGAUAUUUUUGGAUAUAAA